AUUAUCUUCAAUUUCAUUUUGUGUUUUUCUCAUUUCCCGCAUGUUUACAGAUCGUUCCAGGUUCAACGUGAUGAUGCAGAUCUGGCUCAAAAGACAGUUGCAUUAACUCCACGCCCAGAUCGACAAGAGCUGGCUUGCGGUUGGGGACGGGAAAUGGGGAACCUGGGACUUGCUCCUCCCUCCCUCCGACUGGCUGCAGCCUCUUCCAGGUUCGGCAUCGCAUCAGAACAUCAUGCAGCCUUCGCGAAGCUUGUCCGCAAUGGGGAGGUAGUUAGAUGGAAAUGCCACCCCAGAGAGGGGAAAACCCAUAACCCUGGACUGCUCCGUCUGGGCCUCAAGCAGCAGUACGGUUAAAUAUGGGGUUAGGCAAAAAAAAAAAAAAAAAA